AUGGAGGAAGGGGAUGAGGAAGUGGAGGAACCUGAACCCAGUGCCCAGGAGCCCAGCCCAGGGAGCGUGGAGUCUGGGUCGGCAGAGCUUCCUGCAGAGCCAGAGGGAGAGGAGCUGGACUCAGGCAUGCCAGCGGGGGCCUGUGCCCAUUCAGAUAGCCCUGAUGAAGGGACGAGCGUGCCCGCUCCAUCGUUUCGGCAGCAGCACGCGGAGAAGGAAUUGGACGUACAUUGGAGGAAAAUGACUAGAGGUUUCUCAUGUCUACUCAUUUGGUUCUUGAGAAAUAUCCUAGCUGACAUGACUGCUCAUAACAUUCCCCAGGGUUUUAAGUAUGCUUCGUAUGAGGUGACCAUCCCAAGGAAACUGACCCCCAAAUAUGGAGGAUGGGGACCCCAGGAUGUCACCUACCUACUACAGCUUGAGGGGGAGGGCCAUAUGGUGCACCUCAGGCAGAAGAAGGGAUUUGUCCCUAAACAUCUCCCCGUCUUCACCUAUAGUAAGGAGGGGGAACUCCAGGUGGACUAUCCUUUCAUCAGGGAUGACUGUUUCUACCGUGGCUUUGUACAAGGUAAACCCUCCUCUCUGGUCACCCUCAGCACUUGCUCAGGGGGACUCAGGGGUCUCUUUCAAUUAGAAAAUGGGAGCUACGAAAUAGAACCUGUCCAGGCAUCUGCUACCUUUCAACAUGUGGUGUAUCGCUUGGAAGAAAAAGAGGGUGCAGUCCACAUGAGGUGUGGGCUAACAAAGGAGAACCAAAGACGUCAAAAAGCCAUGAUCCAGAACGUAGAUAAUGUAGCAGCCCAAAGUGUUCCUGAAACAGAGUGGUGGUCACACAUCAGGUAUGCAGAGGUUGCAAUAGUGGUAGAGCAUGAGCGAUAUGUUCAGUUUGGCAAAAAUGAAAGCUUUAUCACCUUACAAGUUCUGAAUGUCAUCCAUCUUGGAAACUCAAUGUAUGAGCCACUUUCUCUUCAGUUGACUAUAGUUGGUCUGGAGAUCUGGUCUGAAAAGAACCUCAUAAACAUUUCUGACAGCAUAGAGGACACACUUAUGGCUUUCAAUAAUUGGAGAAGAGAUUCAUUACUCAUACGUGUAGAGAAUGAUGCUGGUCACUUGUUUGUAUAUAAGAGUUAUGGUCAUAGACUUGGAUUAGCAUUUGUAGGAACAAUUUGUAGUAAUUGGGCAUCUGCCGUUGAAUCAUUUAUUACUUCCAGUUUGUUCUAUUUUGCUGUCACAUUUGCCCAUGAACUAGGACAUGUUCUUGGCAUGUCUCAUGAUGAAAAUUACUGUACUUGUAGUCGAAAGAAGUGCAUUAUGGCUGCAAUUCAAGAAAACACAGAUAAGUUUAGCAAUUGCAGUUAUAAGGAGUAUUUUGCAAAAAGGAACACCGCUUGCUUGUUAAUUCCACCAGACCCUGAUAAAAAAAUUAAAUUCAAAUACUGUGGCAACGAAGUUGUGGAACAUGGAGAGCAAUGUGACUGUGGUUCAAAAUGCGAGUCGGAUCCCUGUUGCCAAUCCAAUUGUCAGUUCCGUUCAGGCACCGCUUGCGCUUUUGGACAGUGCUGUGCCAAGUGUCAAUAUCUCCCAGCACGAACGCUCUGUAGACGGCAGACUGGCGUCUGUGAUCUCCCCGAGUACUGCAAUGGGACUUCCGAGGAGUGUCCUGAAGAUCUUUAUGUGCAAGAUGGUGCUCCAUGCAGUGAUGGUGCAUACUGUUAUCAUGGAUAUUGCACUACUCACAAUGGGCAGUGCAAAAAGAUCUUUGGCAAGAAAGCGACAGUUGCUUCAAAUGCUUGUUUCGAAAAGAUGAAUGUCCAAGGUGACCGCUUUGGCAACUGUGGCCUUACACAUGGGGCUUUCAGGAAAUGUGAUGCCAAGAACAUCCUGUGUGGCCGAAUCCAGUGUGAAAAUAUUGAUAAAUUGCCUUCUUUGGAGAAACACAAUACCGUAAUACAAAUGACCCUUGGCACUAGGCAGUGUUGGGGUGCAGACUACCAGAGUGGAACGGAGACCACUGAUAUCGGAGCAGUGAGAGAUGGCACUCCUUGUGGCACUGACAUGAUGUGUAUUGAUGGACAAUGCGCAAAUGUGUCCCUUUUGAAGUAUGAUUGUGAUGUCAGAAAGUGCCAUAAUCACGGAAUAUGCAACAACCACAAACAUUGUCACUGUGAUUAUGGCUGGACCCCUCCAGACUGUUCAGAAAAAGGCCUUGGGGGCAGCACUGACAGUGGGCCACCUCCGCCAAAGAAGCAUACCAUGAGUUUUUUCAGAGUAGCAAUUAUUGCACCAACUGUCUAUUUCCUUACUGCUGCUGCUAUUAAUGUCGGCCUGGCUGUGUACUACAGUCAUGGAAUAAUGCAGCGGUUUUGA